AUGGCCGACAACGAGUGGAAGCAUCCGGACUCGCCAGCUCCAAAGAAGUUCCGAAGCACCCUGUCUGCGGGUAAGGUCAUGGCCACGGUUUUCUGGUACAAGGCUGGCGCUGUUCAUGUUGACUUUCUGCCCAGUGGUACUGCCAUCGAUAGUGCAUAUUACUGCCAGGUUCUCAGGGAUCUGCAUAAGGAACUUGGCUGGGAGUUGCUGCCACAUCCCCCUUACAGUCCAGACCUCGCCCCCAGCAGGUUCCAUCUCUUUGAGCCACUGAAGGCGUUCCUUGGGGGCCGCCACUUCAGCUGCGACGACGAGGUCAAGAAUGCGAUCCGAUCAUGGCUGCUAUGCGUCGGUCAGGAUUUCUACGCUGCUGGCAUCGAAGCCCUCGAGUUUGUCCUUGAAGAACAGAAUGACUAG